AUGUUGUGUGUCCUCAUCAGAAUUCUUUCUACCACCCAACCACAUCUCUUCCAGCUCCACUCCUUUCUGAAGAGCAUCCACUUUAACAACAGUGCUAGGGACCAGGUAUAUUUGGAUCAGCAAAGAAUCUCUGAGAAACAGUAUGAUAUUCUCAACUUUUGGAACUUUCCCGAUGGACUCGGGCUUCAGGUGAAAGUAGGACAGUUUGUCCCACAGGCUCCACGUGGACAAGGUUUUUCCAUCUAUGAAGAGUUGAUCGAUUGGGCCAUCAGAUUUAAGGAGACUCCUCGCUCUGUGUGCAGCAAAAGCGGUGGCCCUGGAUGGAGGAAAGCUCCCCAGUGGGGACAGGCUGCCUGCUGCUUUGACUGCAUGCACUGCCCAGACAAGGAGAUUUCCAAUCACACGGAUGUGAAGCAAUGUAUGAAGUGUCCAGACCAUCAGUAUCCAAAUAGUGAUCGAGAUCAUUGUCUCUCAAAGGCUGUGACCUUCUUGUCCUAUGAAGAUCCUCUGAGGAUGGUCCUUGCCUGCACUGCCCUUUGUCUGUCUGUCCUCACAGCUGUAGUUCUUGGCGUCUUUGUGAAGUAUAGGGACACCUCCAUAGUCAAAGCUAAUAACCGGGCUCUCAGCUGCACCCUGCUCAUCUCCCUCAUCCUGUGCUUCCCCUGCUCUUUCCUCUUCAUUGGCCAUCCCAACACUGCCACCUGCAUCCUCCAACAGAUGACAUUUGGAAUCGUGUUCACUGUGGCUAUUUCCACCAUUUUGGUUAAAACCAUCACUGUAGUCCUGGCUUUCAAGGUCACAACCCCAGGGAGAAAGAUGAGGCAGUGGUUGUUUUCAGGGGCACUCAAUUUGAUCAUUCCCAUCUGCUCAUUGAUUCAAGUGACCCUCUGUGCUGUAUGGUUGGGAACCUCUCCCCCUUCCGCUGACAUGGAUACACAUUCAGAGCCUACCCUCCUAAUCAUUGUGUGCAAUAAGGGCUCCGUUGUUAUGUUCUAACUUUCCUUAGGAUACUUGGGCUCCUUGGGCCUCUCGAGCUUCACCUUGGCCUUCCUGGCCAGAAGCCUGCCUGACACUUUCAAUGAAGCCAAGUUCCUGACAUUCAGCAUGUUGGUGUUCUGCGGUGUCUAGAUCACCUUCCUCCUUGUGUAUAAUAGCACCAAGGGGAAGGUCAUGGUGGCUGUGGAGAUCUUUUCCAUCUUGGCUUCCAGUGCUGGGUUACUAGGAUGCAUCUUUGCCUCCAGGUGCUAUAAUAUUCUCCUUAAGCAAGAUAGGAAUACCCUGCCAAGAUUAAGGGGUAAAACAAACUCUGGGGAAAAAUUAAUAUUUAAGGCUUUACUUCAUGGAUUUCAUAAAAUAUUUAGAAAGCUUUAA